AUGGAAACAGCAAUUGGCGAUGUUAAAAUAGUUUUAGGUGAUUAUAACGCUAAAAUCGGCAAGGUUACUCUGUACAGCGCUGUGUCUGAGACACAUAGCCUACAUGAAAUUUCGAAUGACAACGGUAUGAAGCUGAUAAAUUUUGCAAUAGGAAAAGGAGUAUGUGUAAAAAGCACUAUGUUUCCACGCAAGUAGAUUUAUAGUACACUUGGGUAUCGCCUGAUGGAAAACAAGAAUCAGAUAGACCACGUUCUGGUAAAUGAGAAGUUCAAAAAUUGAAUUACUAAUGUUCGAACAUUACAUGGGGUAGACUCUGAUUCUGAUAAUUUACUAGUGGGUUUUUGGACACGAAUAAACCUAAAAGAGCACAAUAAAUGUAAUGCAACAUCCAUGAGAAGGUAUAACGUGGAGAAAUUGGAAGCUAAGAGGAUUCUCAGGGAUUAUAACAGCACAGCCAAGUUGAUUUUUGAAAAGAAGCAGAUAAAACAUACCAGUGAUGUGAAUGAAAUAUGGAAUAAAGUCAAAGAUACUAUAGAAGCAGCAACGACGGGAAUAAUAGGAACAAAAAGUAAUGUGUCAAAAUUUUAGUUCAAUAAUAUAUGUGAAGAAGCACUACAUAUAAGAAAAGCUGCUAGUGAAGAAUUGUUAAAGGAUACGAACAAUGAGACAAGGAGAACAAGGUUCAUCACGCGACGAAAGAAAUCAAAUAACAUUUUAAAAUGUGAAAAAAGAAAAUUUGUACGUAAGUUGCUAGAAAGGACAGUAUAAGAUUUUAAGGAAAAUAAAACUUGUGAUAUGUAAAAGACUAUUAAGAAUUUAAAUGGGAAUUUCAUAAGAAACGAACGUUUUAUUAAAGAUAGUAAUGGAUCUUUGAUCCAGAUUUACAGAUGGAGAUAUAGCCAAAAAACGGAAGAAAUACAUUGA